GUGACGUCAUUAGCACACUAGCGCCAGCUGUCACAGGGGCUAGCUGCUCUGGUACUAUUCGCGUCGUGUUUUGGAGUUUUUAAGUUAUGAUUUACCGUGUCUACCCCUCUGCCUCUUUUCAUAGAUUUUAGCAUAAACGUAUGUCCAAAGGUUCGGUGAGCCUUUGCAUUAGAUGCUUUUUUGUCGCAGAAUCUCCAGAAAGGGGUUAGCUGUAGCCGGCUAGCUUGUUGUUAGCUGCACAAAUCUGGUAUAGACAGGUUUUGCUUCUUGUCUUUGGAGUCAUUGUUCACUGAGGAAUUUAUACGUAUUGUUGUUGUAAAGAUAAUGCUGCUUUUUUAGCACAAAUUAUAUGUUUGCGAAAAUGCCUAUUACUAUAGAGUAAUGUUUUAGUAGUAGUAGUGUGAAUUUUGCUCUGUUAUGUUAGAUCCUGCUGACUGAUCUUAGUCAAUUAAUCUAAUUGGUUUCCAGUGAUCAAUUAUUUAUAAUUGGUAAUAAUUAACAAUAAUUAUUAACCAUGGAUAAAAAAUCCUUUGACAUCGUCCUAGAUGAGAUUAAAAAGUGUGUCCUGACGGACCAGCGCAUCAGAGCCAUAGAGCAGGUGCAUGGAUACUUCUCCAGUGAACAGGUGAUGGAGAUACUGAAAUAUUUUUCUUGGGCCGAACCUCAAAUCAAAGCUGUGAAAGCACUGCAGCAUAAAAUGGUGGCAAUCCCCACAACCAAAGUUGCAAAUAUAUUGAACUGCUUUACCUUCACAAAGGAUAGACUGGUUGUUUUGGAGCACAUUGCCCUAAAUAUUUCAGAUGCUCAGAAUUACAGACCAGUGGAAGAUCUAUUUCGGACACACCUGUCUGAGAAGAAGAGAGCCCGCAGGAUCCUAGAGCAGGUGUGUAAGGUUGGCUGUAAAGCCCCUGUUGCCAUGAUCUCAUCUUGUGGUAUUAUUCCUGGAAACCCUUACCCUAAAGGGAGACCCAGUCUCGUCUCUGGCACAUUUCCUGGUGUCCCUCCAGUAAAAAAGGAGGGAGAAAAGAAAGAUGACCACUCUAACAAUAUGGAUGGAAAAGGGAUUGCAUCACGAAUUCUUGGACCAUUUAAGCCGUUUCCUUCAUCCUAUAACCCUCAUCGACCUGUGCCCUAUCCUAUACCACCAUGCCGACCUCAUGCCACCAUUGCACCAAGUGCGUACAACAACGCAGGCCUUGUUUCUAUGGGAGGGGUUAUAACAGCCAACGUAGCUCCUCCCCCCUACAACAGCACCCAUAAAAUGUCAGGUUAUGCCAAACCAGGAAAUCCACAGAACGCUACACCUGGAGUUAAAAGUGGCCCCCUCCUUAUCCCUCAUGGCUCGACUCCAUCUACCCCUGUCCCUCCUCAGGCCUCUGCGGCUCAACAGGCUCCUACCACCCCCAUCACCCCGGUGUUUCCUGGCAUGGUGCCUUCAAACAACCCCAAUGCUCCCUCUCCUGCACCUGCACCCUCUCCCUCGGUCAUCAAAGGUGGACCACAGACUCCUAGUGGCCACAGUACUCCUGGACCCUCCUCUGUCAUCAAAAGCCACACACCAUCAAGCACCCCCUGUGGGACCCCAGUGCCCUUCCCCACCGCCUCCCGACCGGGCACUCCCGCCAAUCCCCGCUCUGACCUCCACCAGAACAACUCCGCACACCAGAAGGCUUUCUCACAGUCUAUGGAGCAUCAACACAACUUCCACAGCAGUCACCCGCAACAAGGUAACCACCCCGGGUCAGUGAUUCGGAGCUACUCCUCCCCUGGACCUGGAUCAUCGACCCCUAUAAACCCAAACUGUUCCACCCCAGGUCCGAGUCACAAACCUGCCCAAGCUCAUGCACUCCAAAGCGCAGCCGGAGCCCUGCAGGCAGAACAGCAGCGUGCAGCCUUGAGCAGACACACGGGGGGCAGCAGUGACAGUAACAGCCCCGUGCCCUCUGCCUUCAAAGGCACGCCACGCUCUGGCACACCCUCUGUCAGCUCACUGGUGGUGGGCUCUGCUCAGGCUGCUCUGGCUCGUUCACUAGGUCUACCACAGUCUGCUGGAUCACCUCAAGUCUCACUUCCAAGUCCUGUAGCCAUCUCCGCACUCCAAGGCCUACCCUCCAGCCCUGUGCCCUCUCAUUACCCUGGCCUGCCAUCUUUUCGGUCCCUUACUUCUUCUAUUCCUGCUUCCACUGAUCCAUCAUCUUUACCAGCAAUGCCUCCCUCCUCAAACAUGUCUACUCACCCUUCGACAACCAUCUACCCUGGCCUUGCUCCAAGCGCUGCCCCCUCUGCGGCUUCACCUUUCGGUCUGGGUCUUACCUCUGCACCCUCAAUAUUCCCAGGCCUUCCUCCGGGCCCUAACCCCACUGGGUUCCCUGGGCUGGGGGUCUCAGGGGGCCCUGGUGCAGGCAGCCCUGUGCUAUCCUCUUUCAUGGGACUGGCGCCGACAGUGGCAUCUUCAGUGGCAUCUGUGGCCCCUCUGCAGGCGGCCGCUGCAGCAGCAGGAGUCCCCUCCUCAUCCCCAGUGUUACCAGGCUUUGCCUCUGCAUUCAGCUCCAACUUUCAGCCUGGGUUGAGCAGUGGACUCCAGGCUCCAGGGGGAAGUGGGUUCCCAGGGCUGCUAUCGUUCCCUGGGGUACCAGGAUUCUCUCCCUCACCCUCUCCAGCGGCCCUCAGUGGUCUUCACAAUCCCAGCAUGCAGUCUGCUCUUCUACAGGCUCACUCCACACCUACCUUGGACAACUUUCCUCCUCAGCCCAACAGUUUCCCCAACUACCCCCCAGGGCCUGGAGCCCCUUUUUCCCUACAGCCAGGAUUGCACCCACAGCUCGGCUGGCAGUGAACAUUUUAAAGCAGUUUUCCUAGAUGGUCUCUGAGCCAAAACCUUUUUUAUAGACUUUUUUUUAAAGUCAUAACACUUAUGACAAACGCUACAUGUCAAUGAAUAGGUGUUCAUGGACAACACAUAAACAUGAUCAGAUAUGAGUAAAUUUGCCUGACAACAAAGUUAGAAUACUGUAAUUAUGUCUAAUGUUAGUGAAUUAUUAUUUAGUAAUGAGUUAUAGACUAUAAUCAUGUACAUGGGAUCAUGUAUUAAAGUGACUGUCCAGUUCUAGAACUUCAUCCUUGGAUGAAAUGAAUUUGAAAGGAGGAUGUCUGCUGUUACUGCUGGUUUAUGACGACGACUCCUGUGACCUCCUCUGUGGCAUACUGAAAUGUGCAGACAUGACAAAUCUGGUGCUGUUAAUCAUGAUUAGGAACAUGAAGCUGCCGAACUUUUCAAUGGAUUUUAAUCUUUUGUUAGGUGCAGCAUACCGGUAUAUUUAUUUGUAUGCUUACAAAUGCAAUGUGAACAUUUUGCCACCAUGGAAUGACAAUAACCGUUUCUUUUUUUUUUAAUAACAUUUUGUCUUGUUUAAGUAUUUCAAAUAUUGCGAUUUUCAUGAAUUGUCUCUACUUGACACUGCUCAUAAACCCUACUGUAAUGU